AUGAGAGAGACACACAGGCUUUCUACUGAGGAGGUGAUCCAGUUUAUGGUAGGGCUGGAGACGGAUUACUUCCGUGUAGAGGGCGACUACGCGACUUUCAUUCAGACUCAUCUGAUGCCGCCUCUGGCUGGUGUUCGCGAAGGUGAGGGAGCGAGAGCUCCUACUACGAGAAAGAGAGGCAGAGGGACCAAAGCGACCAGGUCUCGUAGGAGGAGAGGUUCUGAUGAGAGGCAGAGACAGGGGCCGGGAUGGCCAGAGCUGCCUACCUCAGUGACUUAUCAGAGACGUUCUGGGGAGACUUGCCAGAUCCCCAAUGAGCCUGCACCAGCUGGUCAUGCACUUGUCGGAGUUCGAGGCCCGACUCCGGCACCCAUAGAGUACACAGGGCAGGCCCUUGAGCUAGUGGCUUCCUUGACGGAGAUGGUACAGAUGAGCCUAGAUCUGCCCAGCCUCUACAGGAUUCUGCCCCAUCGGACGUCCCAGCAGGAGCAGCGGCAAGACCUUCAGUUCCUCUCCCAACAGCAGAGAGGAGAGGGAGACAGGCUCAGGCACACAGCCGAGGUAGAGCCAAGGGCAUCCGCAGCGAGAAUGGCCUUUCAGAGCCCAUUUCUGGGCGAUGAUGAUGACGAGACGAGCGAGGAGGCUGAGGCAGCGAGUCCACAGUUCGAGUCAUCUGAUGGGGGAGACGACGACGCCGGCUCGAAUUCUUCCAGUAGCGAGGCUGGAGAGGCUGAGGAGGGUUCCAGUUCAGGCUCUGAUCCAGCUUUAGACAGCGGUGACGAUGGUGACAGUGCUCCAGAGUUUGCUCCACCGAGGAAGAGGACAAAGAGGGCCUCUUGA